AAUUGCAUGUUUUUGUUCUUUCAGUCACCAAUGACAAAAACCAAGAAGUUAAUUGGAGAUGAAGGGAUCAUUUUCAGGAACAUGUUUGCCACCAGUCCAUUAUGUUGUCCGAGUCGAUCCAGCAUUCUCACUGGAAACUAUGUCCACAACCAUGGUGCUGUCAAUAAUAGCGUGGACGGGAACUGCAGUAGCCCCAUCUGGCAGAAGCAGUCAGAGACGAGGGCCUUUAUCACAUAUCUCAAAAAACAGAAAUACACCACUUUUUUUGCAGGGAAGUAUCUAAAUCAGUAUGGCAAGCUUGAGACAGGGGGCCCGGAACAUAUACCACCUGGCUGGGACUGGUGGAAUCAGUAG